UCAUAAACAAUCAUCAUCAUCAGAUGACAUUUAUUUAUUGAUGGAAAUUACAAUAAAAGUGCAUUGGAGAUUUGUUCAACAAAUGUAAAAAAAAAAAAAAAAAAAAAAAAAAUGGAAUUAUGAAAAAUAUGAUAACAUUAUUUCACAAAGUGAGUGAUUUACAAUUUUCAGUUAUGACUGAACAAUCACACCACAUGAUAUUUUUAUAAUUUAAGUCUGCUCUAUAUACCUAAAAAGCAAUAGCUACUGGUGGGUUUUAAAAAUAAAACAUUUCAAUAUAAAAUUUAAAUUUGUCAAAACUUCAGAAGUCAUGCACUUUAACACACAAGUGUCAUGGACUAUUAUAGAGAUUUUGUUGCCUUUUGUCCAACUUAAAGCUUCACUUCUGAAAAAGAGCAGCACCAACAUUCAAAAUAAUAGCCUUGCAAUAGUAUAUUCAUAUUACUUUGUGUUCCAUUAAAAAAGAAACAACAUGAGAGCGAGUAGAUUAUGACAAUUUAUUAUUAUUAUUAUUAUUAUUAUUAUUAUUAUUAGGGAGACUAUCUCUUUAAGACAAAAUUCCUCGUGGCAUGAAAUGAGAUCAUUGACUAGUACUCCUCUACGUGAGAUCUUGUUUGACUGGUUCACACAAACCAAGCAGAUAUUGCAUCAUUUGGGGAUAACCAAAUUAUAGCCAGUUAUUUCUUUUUUAAGAAACAUAUUUGCACUACAAUAAAACGCAUCUCCUUUUUUUAGGAAGUAAAUAAAGUAAAUAUAGGGUUAAGUAACUUUAUGUUAAACAAAUCUUUAUAUCCUCAUUAUUUAGAAGUAAAUGUGUUUGCGUGUGGUUGAAACGUGACUAACCACUGGAAGUAUUUCAGUGUGCAACUUCCCCAUAGCAGAAUGACGCGAUGAACUUCUCCCAGAAAGACUGAGCUCUUAUAGUGUAUCGACUCUGAUCAAAUAAGUUUUUGUUUGUUUCUGUUAUUUUCAUGAACUUUAUGAUGUCCUUUCGUAAAUACAUCGCGCCUCUAGUUUUCUGUGCCCAAGUGGCCAGCUCGUUUUUUGACACCGCUCUCCAAAUGGUCGUUAAAGAACGAUGCGCAAACGCCACCGACCAGGACAGCGAGCAGAAAGCUAUUACCAACUUCAACAUGACCUUCAAUAUGUUGCUUAAGUUCAUGCCAAUUGUGCCUGCGAUCCUCUUGGCAAAGGUUGGAGACAAAGGUUACAGGAAAGUGCCAAUAGUUGUUCCUCUGGUUGGUUACUUUCUGUCUAGAGGUUUGCUCUUGUUGGAUAUUGUAUUGGAAUGGCCUCUCCAGGUGUUGUACGCAGUCCCGGUGAUCCAUGGACUGUGUGGCGGGUUCGCAUCAUACUGGGCAGGUGUAAUGGCGCUGGUGUCGGUGUGCUCAAGUGAGGAAGAGCGGUCCGUGCGCAUCAUGAGGACGGAGCUGGUGUAUGGAAUUGCCGGUUUCAUUGGCAGUUUGGCCUCUGGUCAUUUAUUUGACCUCUAUACUGUAGGUUUUAAACAAGGAGGCAUUUUAUCUAGUUUGAGUGUGGUACUGUAUUUCAUCUGCCUGCUCUAUGCGGCAUUUAUCCUGCGGUUCGAUAAUGCCUCAGUGCUUGGAGAAAGGCAGGAGCGACGGGAAAGUUUGGGGAUCAUAAACCAGGAAGCCCGUGAUAAAAUAAACAUCGCUUUGCUCUUCGUCAGUGGAAUUUUGUAUGAUAUAGCAGUAGCGGGAGGGAUGGAGAUGUUGGCCGCGUAUGUGCUCAAAGACCCGCUGAACUGGGGCGCAACUGAGGUGGGUUAUGGAAACGCGGCUGGAUCCCUUCUCUUCAUCACCAGUUUUUUGGGUGUAAAGAUGUUCACAAGAUGUUCUGUUAAAGAUGAAAGCAUGAUCAUGGUCGGGAUGGUGUCUUUUGCAUUAGGGAUUUAUUUCAUGGCAUUUGUGACCACAACUCCAAUGUAUUUUUUGGCUCGCUCUAUCACUCUGUUUGCUCUGAUUCCAAUGCCCACCAUUCGAUCACUGCUCUCCAAACAGGUCAAGGGAACCUCAUAUGGCAUUACCUUUGUCAUGCUCCAGUUGUCCUUCAAACUUGCAAGCUUGGUCACCACACCCAUCUACACUAAGAUCUAUCAAGUCACACUUGACACCUUCCCAGGGUUUGUCUUCAUACUGUCAAGCAUCUUCACUGUUCUUUCUAUGAUACCCAUUAGUAUUGUAGGAUGUCGCUCUGCAAGACAAAAUGUAUAUGAGAGAAUUCAAGGGAACUGACAGCAUUCAGCCUCAUCAAAGAAGACACUAAGUAUUUUUCAGAAAUGGACAAGUUAUCAAAAUAUGUAUCUUUGCACAAUAAAUGAUUUGUAGGUUUACACUGAUGUUACAACAGAAAAUAUCUGCUUUUAUAUCAUUCAGUUGACUAGUAGUCAGUUUGAAUAGAUAAUGUAAUAGAUAAUAUUAUCUGCUGGAAUAGAUAAUGUUAAUUCCUGUUGCACUGUGGUUAUAGUUUCUAUGGUAAUGCAAUCUGUGUAGCAUCGUAUUUGCCUUGUUUUUUAGUCUACAUAUAAAACAACAUAAAGAACACAACGCAUGAUUAUUAUAUGCUGACAAUAUUUAGUUUUUAGAUAUUUCGGAAACACUUAAGUUUCCAUUUGUUAACAUUAGUUACCUAAAUUAAUUAACAUGAACUCACAUUUAAAAACUUCUAAAGUUUAUUCAUUUUAAUUAACAUUUACUAGUAUAUUAUUAAAAUCAAAAGUUCUGUCUGUAAAUAUUUAAUGGACCUGAUCUAACAUGAACUAACAAUGAACAGCUGUAUUUCUAUUAACCAACAUUAACAAAGAUUAAUAAAUACUGUAACAAAUACACAUACUGUUGUUUGUCCUAGUGGAAUAACAUAGCAAACAUACAUUUCAGUUAGAACUGCUUCCUCUUUACGAAGUUUUAAGUAUAAAAACAAAUAUUAUCAAUAGCUUUCAAACAGGUAUUUGUAUUGUUUUGUGUUUUGUGGGGGUUUUUUUGUUGUUUUUUUUUUCUCUCUGUAUUGAUUUCUAUAGUCUUAGAUUUUUGUAUUGUACAGCACUUUGGAUCAACCAUGAGUUGUGUUGAAAGUGCUUUAAAUAGAAAGAAAGAAAGAAAGAUUCAUUCAUUGUUAGUUAUUGAAUUAACUAAUGGGACCCUAUUGUAAAUUCUUACCAAUAUUUCUGUACUUCAUUGCCUAUGUGAAAUGGCUGACAUCUUUUAUCAGAAUGUUAUUGAACAGUUUUUGCAAUAAAUUAUUUUUAUGUAUUUCUGUGUAUGAUGUAUGGUGUAUAUAUACACACACACACCUGGGAAAUAUAUUAAGUAAAUUAUGAAUCAGCCAUCAUUCUUUAAUGGCUGUCCAUAAGUUCACAUACUUCAGUUCUGCUUGUGCAAGAACACAUUAAAGGGAAAAAAUAUGUCUUAGUAUAUUUGUUUAAUUAUUUUUUAUCACAAUGGUCCAAUAUUAAAAUCCUUUGAGGUAAAGGGUAACAGGACUGAUCCGUAAGUAAACAUAUGACACAUUCAUGCUACAUUUGAUUAAUAUUUGACAAAAAAUAAAUUUUUACCCAUUAAGUAUGUAACAUGACAGAUUAAUGGACCACAAUUAUUGCAGAUUCUGCAGACAGUGAUUUGAACAUUAUAUAAUCACUCUACGUUUAACCUUUUCCUGUGUAAACUGAAUUUAAUCAUUUCCAGUAUUAACAGUAUUUUACAUCAAAAUGUACAACAUGCAUUAAAGCAACAAAAAGUCAUAUAGCUGCCUUUAUAACAAAAUGUAUUCAAUUGAAAAUCAAAUUAAUAGAGACAAAAGUAUAAGGUUGACUGGAUCAUGGGUGAAGUGUCUUCACUGAAAAAAUAUGAAUUAGACCACAAAAAAAUGGCAAACAUAGACAUUUAGAAAAGAGACUAUUCUGCCAGACAGAAAAUCUGUAUUCUAUCUGUAGGCUCUUUUUCCUGAAAGCAUGACGGUGAAAGAUGUUCAAUAAAAGGCAACAAGAAGAUACCUGGUAAAAGAAAAGCCGCUGCAGUAACUGCAUCUACCAGCAGGUGGAGCAUUUCCAAUCUGUGUGCUGCAUCUCCUGUCAAACAGUAACACUAGAGGGCCAGUUCUGAUUCUGACUGGUCUUUGCUACAUCACUAAUUGCAACAUUGAUGGAGAACUCACUUCAAAAACUCUAUAUAUAUAUAUAUAUAAAAAAUACAAAGUUAAAAAAAAAUGAGAAAUGACAAAGUUCAGGGCAGUCCUGACUUUCUGUUCAUUAAGUUUGCUUUAAAGGGUUAGUUCACUCAAAAAAUAAAAUACUGUCAUUAAUUACUCACCCUCAUGUCAUUCCAAACCCAUAUUUUUAAUAAAAUCCGAGAAAUUUCUGUCCCUCCACUGACAGUCCACACAACAACCACUUUGAUGCUUCAGAAGUUCAUAAAGAGAUCAAAAAAAUAAUCCUUAUGAAUAAAGCUGAAGAGACGAUCACUUUAUGUGAUAAACCGAUUGGGUGAACUAACCCUUUAAAGAAAACUUCCUCACAAACAGGGCAGAACAGCAGGACAGGAGAACUUUAAUAUAUAACACAGUAAACCGAUUUUUUUUUUUUUUUUUUUUUAUGAUUAAUUCUAUGGUAAGUGGUGAAUUUCACAAGAUGUCCAGUCAUUAAAGACAAAGAAAAUGCAAAAAAAAAAAAAAAAAAUGCAAAAAAAAAAAAAAAAAAAAAACAGCAAAAAGAAAAUGAAACCUAUUUUCAGGACCAUUUGCAGCAUUUUUUUCCCUUAAUUUUCAUGAUAAAGCCAUUAAUUUCCUCCCGCAACUUUUACUGAAAAAGAUUCUCUCUAAUGUGCUGAUUAUUAUAAAAUAUAUAUAUAUAUAUAUGUAUAUGUAUGUAUGUAUGUAUGUAUGUAUGCAUGUGUGUGUGUGUGUGUGUGUGUACAGUGCCCUCCACAAAUAUUGGCACCUUUAGUAAAUAUGAGCAAAGGCGGCUGUAAAAAUAAAUCUGCAUUGUUUAUCCUUUUGAUCUUUCAUUCAAAAAUUUCACAAAAUUCUAAGCUUUCAUCGAAGUAAAUCAAUUGAAAGUGGGAAGGAAACUCACAUUAUGAAAUAAAUAAUUUUUCUCCAAUACAUGUUAGCCACAAUUAUUGGCACCCCUAGAUAUUCUUAUGAGUAAAAUAUCUCUGAAGUUUAUUCCCAUUCACGUUUACAUUUUUUAGCAUACCAGGGUGACUAGGAGCAUGAAAUUGCCCAGCCAUGACUUCCUGUUCCACGGGAGUACAAACAUGAGGAAACACAAUGGCCAAAUUCCCUUAAUAAUCCAUCACAAUGAGAAAAACCAAAGAAUAUAGUUCUGAUGUGCAGCAAAAGAUUGUUGAGCUUCACAAAAAAGAAAGUGUCUGUAAAAAAAAUAGAUAAAGCACUGAAAAUUCCCAUUUCCACCAUCAGGGCAAUAAUUAAGAAGUUCCAAUCAACUAAAGAUGUUACAAAUCUGCCUGGAAGAGGACGUGUGUCUAAAUUGUCCUAAUGCACGGUAAGGAGGAGAGUUUGAGUGGCAAAGACUCUCCAAGGAUCACAGCUGGAGAAUUGCAGAGAUUAGUUGAGUCUUGGGGUCAGAAAGCCUAAAAAAAAAAAAUAAAAAAAAAACUUCAAACAGGACCGGCUUCUAUGGUCAGAUGGAAAAAAAAAAAAAAAGAGCUUUUUGGCAGCAAACCCACCAGAUGGGUUUGGUGCACACAUGGAUAAAAAGUACCCCAUGCCCAAGAUUAAAUAUACUGCUGGAUCUUUAAUGCUGUGGGCCUAUUUUUCUGCUGGAGGUCCUGGACAUCUUGUUCAGACACAUGGUAUCAAGGAUUUUAGCAAAUACCAACAUUAAAAAAAAAAAAAAAAAUCAAAACCUGACUGCUUCUGCUAGAAAUCUUAUAAUGAGCUGUGGUUGGAUCUUCCAUCAGGACAAUGAUCCAAAACAAACAUCAAAACCAACACAAAAAUGUGUCACUGAGCACAAAAUGAAGCUUCUACCAUGGUCAUCCCAGUCCCCUGACCUGAACCCUAUAGAAAAUGAGUGGAGUGAACUGAAGAGAAGAAGCACAAACAUGGAGCUGGGAAUCUGAAGGAUCUGGAGAGAUUCUGCAUAAAGGAAUGGUCUCUGAUCUCUUGUCAGGUGUUCUCCAACUCAUCAGGCAUUAUAGGUGAAGACUCAGAGCUGUUAUCUUGGGAAAAAGAGGUUGCAAUAAUUGGGUGCCAACAAUUGUGGCCAACAUGAACUACAGAAAAACAUUUAUUUCAUAAUGAGCUUUUUCCCCCCAUUUUCAAUUGUUAGAAUUUCAAAGGUUUGAAUUUUGUGAUUUUUUUAAUGAAAGAUCAAAAGGAUAAACAACGCAGAUUUAUUUUCACAGCUGCCUUUGCUCAUAUUUACUAAGGGUGCCAAUAUUUGUGGAGGGCACUGUAUACAUAAUCAGUACAUUAGAGAGAAUCUUUUACAGUAAAAGUUGCAGGAGGAAAUUAAUUGCUUUAAAUACACACACAUAUAUGUAUAAAUUUAAUAAUAUUUAACAAUAUUACCGCUUUGUGCUUUCACUGCAUUUUUGAUCAAAUAACUGCAGCUUUUCAGACUUCAAUAAACAUUAAAACAUUUUUACUGACCCCAAACAUUUGAACAGUAGUGUAAUACUAUUCUGCACUGCAUAACCAUAUUAAAAAAAGAACUCAAUUGAUGUUCUGCAUUUAACCAUUUGAUGUAACAGCUGCCAAAAACAUUUGCCAUACUGCGUUUACUAAAAGCUUUGCAUUUCAGAAAGUGUGUAUAUUAUUGGAGAUCAACCACUCUCUGUAAUUAUCCCAGUUUCAGAAGAAAUGUCCCACAUUACAUUAGAAAUGUCUCAAACCUCACAUCAGACUAAGCCAACUGCAUAUACUGCCCCAAAUCAUUAUGACACACAUGUUAUCAUAAAUAUUUAAUGAAGUCAAGUAUGGCUGGAAAAACAUCCUUCAUUUCAACACAACGACCAAAUUUAUAGUGUAACGAGGGAACUGCCAAUUCAGGCGAGUGUUUUGUGGUGCCAAAGUCCAAAUAUUCUUCUGAAAAAAAAAAAAAAAAAAGAUAUCAAA